AUGCUCUUCUUUACCCGUGUGACGGCGUUCGUAGCGGCCGCGGCGCCCUUUUUCGCCAAUGCAGCUCCUGUUGCAGCGGAGCAGAGGACGAAUGAAGUUAUCCCGGGGAAAUACAUCGUUCAGCUGAGAUCUGACGCUGAUGUCGCGGCUGUGGCUGCUCACCACAACAAAGUGCGCGAUAUAUAUGCUCGUAACCUAGCGAGGCGGGGGGAUGAUGGUAGUGCAGGUGGAGCGCCGGUCGAGCGCGAGUAUGGGUUUGGCGAGUUCAAGGCGUAUGCUGGGUCGUUUGAUGAAGCGACGGUUGAGGAACUGAGGGGUUUGCCUGAGGUAAUCAGUGUUGAACAAAAUUUCAUCAUGAGAAGUACGGGUUUUGUAACACAAGCGAGUGUGCCGUGGGGUUUGGGUAGUAUAUCUUCUCGCACACCGGGAUCGACAUCUUAUGUCUACGACGACAGUGCAGGCAAAGGCACGUUUUCCUAUGUAAUCGACACCGGCGUUCGUAUCACACACAACGAAUUCGAGGGUCGAGCAAUCUGGGGCUUCAAUGCCGUAUCCGGCUCCCCUGAUACAGACGACGAUGGCCACGGAACACACGUAGCCGGCACCCUCGGCGGAAAAACAUACGGCGUAGCCAAAAAGACGACAAUCAUAGCCGUAAAAGCGCUAGCAGGCGACACUGGCAGCGCCUCAGACGUCUUCGCCGCCUUCGACUGGACCGUCAACGACAUUGUAGCCAAAAACCGACAAAACACCUCCGUAAUCAACAUGUCGCUCGGCUCCUCCGCCUCUUCCACCUGGGACGCCGCCAUCACCGCCGCGUGGAACAAAGGCGUCCUCGUCGUCACGACAGCAGGAAACGAAAACUCGCUCGCUAGUCAGAGGUCUCCGGCUCGCUCCCCGGAAGUCAUCUGCGUGGGCAAUGUUCGGAUUGAUAAUCAGAGACUUGGUGGACCCGGGGGGUCGAAUUAUGGUGAUGCUGUUGAUAUUUUUGCGGCAGGGACGAAUGUUCUUUCGGCGGAUAUGGCGAGUGAUUCGGCUACUAGGGUGAGGAAUGGGACGUCUAUGGCAUCGCCGCAUGUUGCCGGGUUGGUGUCGUAUUUGAGGGGGCUGGAGGGGCCGAUGAGUGCGAGGGAUGUGAAGGCGAGGGUGUAUGCGUUGGCAACGCCGGGUGUUGUAACGGAUACUAUGGGUUCGGCGAAUUUGUUGGCGUAUAAUGGCAAUAAAUAG